UUGGUGUGCCGUGAACGAAGGAAGACGUUCCUUCGCGCAGUCGAAAUUGACAUCUUGAUUGGUGUUGAAGGUGUACUAUUUCUCGCAUGGAAAAUGUGAAUUUGCAGUGUGGAGACUGUGGUGAAAAUAGCAAAAGUGAACGUGUAGAGUCAUCAUCUUUCCGACUGUACUGAAAAUUAGAUACAAUUUAAGGAUCAUAUUACCCUCUGCGCGAGAGAGGAGAAAAGCCAGCUCUAUCUUCUGUGUCAUCGCACAUAAACCACAAGUUUUCGGUGUGGUCGAAGUGUAUGGUGGCGACGGGAGAUGAAUUCUCAAGUGUUUGACACACUCAAUUCCAAAACUUCCUCCCACCAUCAUUAAUUGCGAGUGUGACGACAUAGGCUGGCCUGGUGUGAUGCAUCAAUGAAAUUACGGUGAAUAAAUGUAUUUGCCAUAUCUUAUUUAUCAUUCAAAAUAGUGAAAAUAUAUGGCCGACGAACGAUAAACAUGCCAGUUGUGAUGCUAUGAGUUUCGUCGGUGAAUGGGAAAAUAAUCAGGUGGCGAGUGUGGGUGGUUUUCAAACAGAAGUUGAGGAGGAAGAGUGCAUUAUAUAUUGAGAGAGUCACUUGCAUCAACAUAAAUAGAUAUACGGCAGUAGUUUGAUUAUUGUUUUCCCACUGUGCAACACUCCACUAUCAGUCAACUGUACACACAAUUUAUUCAGCGUAGUGGAUUUCAACACGUGAAAUUUUCAAACUACAUGAGCGCAUUUCCACCUGAUUUGUUUCGAAAUUAAAUUCACAUCAACACUGCUGAGGUGUGCAGCGGCGAGCAAAACUAUAUAGGGUGAAAUAGACAAGGGAGAUUUGGCAUUGUGGGGCAGAAGACGGCAGAUCUGAGAAAAUGACCAGCGACGUGGUUCGAUGGACAGGCAUCAAUGUCAGCAAAUGGUUGUGGCGGGAGAGUGUGCUUAAAUCAAUUUUGUACGAAAUAGUUGUGCUAUUAUUAGUCAUUAAUUGCAAUGUGUCAACGGUGAAGUGCGCCAGCACCAGUGGGCUCAGUGGUGGCAACGACUGGGACAUUGAUCUGCUGAGUGAGAUGACCCAUGGUCACUACACACCCACAUGGGCAGUUCAUAUUCCCGGCGGGGAGACUGAGGCCGACCUCGUGGCAGCUGAGCAUGGAUUUGUCAACAUGGGAAAGAUAUUUAACGAUCACUAUCACUUUCACCACAACACGGUACAAAAACGGUCAAUAAGUCCGUCGCACCACCAUCAGGGACGGCUCGACGGUGACCACAGAGUGCGAUGGGCUGUGCAACAAAAAGCAAAAUCACGACAAAAACGGGAUCUAAUUAGGAUACGACCGAGCAGGACUUUUAGUGUUCAACUUAAUGAUCCCAAGUGGCCUCAUAUGUGGUAUUUGAAUCGAGGCAAUGGACUGGAUAUGAACGUGAUACCGGCAUGGAAGGAGGGCAUCACGGGGAGAGGAAUUGUUGUCACAAUCCUCGAUGAUGGACUGGAAUCUGAUCAUCCAGAUUUGGAGCGAAACUACGACCCGCAGGCGUCGUAUGAUGUCAACAGUCAUGAUGACGAUCCCAUGCCACACUACGACAUCUCGGAUUCAAAUAGGCAUGGCACGCGGUGUGCCGGUGAAGUGGCAGCCACGGCAAACAAUUCCCUCUGUGCUGUGGGGAUUGCCUUUGGGGCGAGUGUGGGUGGUGUUCGGAUGCUGGAUGGUGACGUGACAGACGCGGUGGAGGCGCGAUCGCUCAGCCUCAAUCCGCAGCACAUUGAUAUCUACAGCGCCUCGUGGGGGCCUGAUGAUGAUGGUAAGACUGUGGAUGGACCUGGUGAGCUGGCGACGAGAGCCUUCAUCGAGGGCGUGAAGUAUGGGCGCGGCGGCAAGGGCAGCAUAUUCAUUUGGGCGUCGGGAAAUGGUGGCCGCGAACAUGACAACUGCAACUGCGACGGAUACACGAACAGUAUCUGGACGCUGUCCAUAUCCAGUGCCACAGAGGAGGGCGCCGUGCCAUGGUACUCGGAGAUGUGCAGCUCCACACUCGCGACAACAUACAGCAGUGGUGGACAGGGAGAGAAGCAAAUCGUCACGACGGAUCUCCAUCACAGCUGCACUACUUCUCACACUGGCACCUCAGCAUCCGCUCCCUUGGCAGCUGGAAUAGUGGCGCUGGUCCUCGAGGCGAACUCAAAUCUCACGUGGCGGGACUUGCAGCAUAUAGUGGUGAGAACGGCGAAACCUGGCAAUCUCAAUGAUCCGACAUGGGGGCGGAAUGGUGUUGGCAGGCGAGUGAGUCACUCUUUCGGCUAUGGGCUCAUGGAUGCUGCUGGAAUGGUGAAAUUGGCGCGCACAUGGAAGACAGUUCCCGAGCAGCAAUUGUGCGAAAUCAAUGCUCCGCCACUUGAUAGAGUUAUUCCACCCAAGGGCCAAAUAACGCUCACCCUCACCGUGGAACAUUGCAUGGGUGUUAACUAUUUGGAACACGUCCAAGCUAAGAUAACAUUAACGUCCCAACGGCGGGGAGACAUACAAAUCUACUUGACGUCUCCGGCUGGAACCAGAGUCACCCUCCUAACGUCGAGAAUUCACGAUGUCUCUCGGGCAGGAUUUUCACUAUGGCCAUUUAUGUCAGUGCACACAUGGGGUGAGGCUCCACAUGGAAAUUGGCAGCUCGAAAUACGAAAUGAGGGAAGAUAUAUGGCACAAAUUACGGAUUGGCGAUUAUUAUUCUAUGGUACAGCACUUCCGCCCCAGCCUAAUGAUCCGCCUCGCUUCGGGAAACCCGGCCAGCUGAGUCCAGAUUUAGACCACAAUUCACUGGAAUUCGAGGGAGAGCGCGCCAGCGGGCAGUGGAGGGAAACCCAUCAGGUCGGCGAGAGUCAUGUGGAUGUGCAGAAGACGGCAUCUGGUGAGGUUGUCGAUCACGCCUGCCUCAGCUACACACCUGAUAAGAAAUGCCUAGAGUGCGAGCAGGGAACGUUCCUCAACGACGGCCUGUGCUAUGCCUCGUGCCCAAAUGGCACGUAUGUGGCUGCAGAUGAGGUGCCGAAGAGUCGCCAUCGGGAAGGCCACGUCUCACUGCGCUCGUCCACCCACAAAUCGCUGGAUCCGGACGAUGACUACGCGACGCUGGAGCCUCAGAGGCGAGCUGUGCCAUCGCAGAAAAUCCUGCAGCCCAAAGUCUGCCUUCCGUGCCAUUCCUCGUGUCUCAGAUGCCGAGGACCGUCCGAAGCUGAGUGCUCAGCUUGCACUGAGAGUUAUGAUCUCGUCACCCUCAAAAUCGACAGUUUCUGCCUGAAACGACCCGAGAAGAGAUUCCUCGGUCUCUCCAAGUGUGCCUUCAUCAUCGUCUCGAUUGUCUUCCUCACGCUUCUGUGUCUCAUUCCUCUCCUGGUCGUGUGCUACGUUCGCAAGAGCAAAAUUAGUCUCUGCUUCAAGCACACCGACGACUACGAGUACAAUCCCGUCACAACGGAAACAGAUGGCAGCUUCCCGAAUUUCCCCAGUGUCCUUGGCAGCUCACUUUCUCCCAAGGGUCACACCCUCACACUCUCCAGUGACUCUGAAGAUGAGGCCUAGGCAAGAGAAGAAGGAAUGUUCUGUGAUGUUGGGAGAAAAAGUGAUGAGGCAAUUUCAACUUACACGCUAA